GAAUCCAGGGACAGAGAUUUCUGGACAUCAUGGCUUCCACAACAGUGCUUCUGCUGCAGCUCGUCCUGGUCUCACUGGCAUCAGCGUCACAUCACUAUGGAGGAAUGGCGACCUACACCUAUAAAGGAAGAAACACUGACGGAUCAUUCAAUGUGGACUUUCGCAGACGGUCAACCUACAGUGGGUGUUCCAGCCACCACUCAUGGUAUUGUGUCGUGAGUGGCCACUGCGCCCCCUUCACGUAUGAGAAGGGUACAAUUGAAAGUAACAGCAUUUGGUGCGAAACUGAAUUGCUCAGUACAAUCAAAGUCGUGAAUGACAAACCAUUCAACAUGAGGGCACAUAGCUGUUGUUGGGUUAAUACACGCAAUCUAGUCAGUAACUGGUAUCUACUGACUCUCAUUGAUUUGGGGAUGAGAUCUGACACCAGGGAGCCAAACAGAUCACCAGACGUCUCCAUCAUACCUUACCUCCGAAUUCCUCAAAACUGCCCACGGACAUACAAACUGAUGGCCUUUGAUCCUGAUGGCGACAGAGUUCGAUGCCGUUAUGGAAAUAUCCCAACUCACGAGUGCCAUCAAUGCUCCCUUCCUGGUGGUUUCACCUUAGAUCAGGACUCCUGCAUGUUGCACUACAACAGUACAACUCACCAUUCAAGCGUUUUUGGAUUUGAGAUGGUGGUGGAGGACUUCCCUAAAAACCACAUCUCUCUGACCUACAGCGACAGAUCCCGCCGCUCUGUAACUCCACUGAAUCUCAUACACCCUGUGCCUCUGAGUAAACUCCCGCUGCAAUUCUCUGUUCGUGUGGAAAGCAGUGCUCCUUCAUGUCAGGAGGGAGUCUACUUGCCACAGUUUAUCAACCCAACACCUGCAAAUGGGGCACGUGUCCAAGCAGUACUCAACAAGGAAAUGGAGAUCAUUGUCAAAGCACAAGUCAGCAUGGGAAGAAUACAAGCUAUCCAUGUGAGUGGGCCGAUGAACAUCAGCAAACACACCAACGCACAUAAUGAGUUUGUCAUCAAAUGGACGCCUCUCCAUAACGACUUGGGAGAUCAUUACCCGAUCUGCUUUGUAGUUGAUGCAUUGCACCAGUCUCGUGUUUACCAGUCUGAGAUGAGGUGUGUUCUGGUGGACAUCACUGCAACGCAAGUUAAAUCUCAUGUGAUCUGCACCGAGACCACAAUGACAGUGAUGGUUGAGAAAGCCUCGUUCCCUCGACUCCACCAGGAUCAUCUGCGGCUCAGUGAUCCCACAAACACGGUCUGCAGCCUCCAGACACACUCCAACAGCACUCACGUCAUCGGUGUCUUCCCCCUCAAUGCUUGUGGUACUCAGGUUGAGGAAGACAAUGAUUUCCUCUAUUUCAAGAAUGAAAUCACUCCGUUUGACAACACUGCCGACGUGAUCACCAGGAAGCAUCUGCUGGAAGUGCAGUUCUACUGCCAAUACCCAAAACGAGGAAAUGUGACUCAGGGCUUCUUAGCACACAGGACGAAUGUCACAGUGUGGGACAAGGGCUUUGGCACAUUCACCUAUCAGUUUGAGUUCUACCCCGACAAUCAGUUCCACACCAUGAUCGAUCCAAUUUCUUAUCCACUGGAGUACGACUUAGGGAGCAGGAUUUACAUGCAGAUCGAGGCCACCUCUUCAGUCAGCAACACAGAGCUGUUUGUGGAGUCCUGCAAAGCUUCACCAUAUGACAACCCAAACUACAGCCAAACCUACUCCAUCAUUGAAAACGGGUGCAAAGUGGACCCAACUGUUGUAAUCCAUCCCAGCAGUGAUGUCAAAGAAUUCCAGUUCAGCAUAGAGGCCUUCAAAUUCAUCGGACUGCAUGAUCAGGUGUACAUCAGCUGUUCACUCAUGAUGUGUGAAGCAGGAAACUCCAACACAAGGUGCUCACAGGGGUGCAUCAACUCCACAAGUCCUGCCAAACGCCGAAAGAGAGAGGCCAUCAUCCAGAGUGCUCACCACUUUGUUUCCCAGGGGCCCCUGCGCCUCCACAGGUCAGCAGAGAGCCCCGAAGCCACAGGGACCUGGAACUUGAAUUUGAACCUGGUGUUCAUCGUUGGAUGUCUUCUUGCUGCUGUUGGCAUGGUCUGUGGAGUGGCUUUGUACAAAGCCAAAGUGUCAAAGGUCAAAUACCAACCUUUGCCACAUUUGGAGAAUUAAUACAGCAAUAUGUGCAAAUUUUGAGUUGCGCAUCAAUUGCAUCUCACCAUAUAAAGGCUUAAGCAAAGUGUAUAAGAAAAUAAGGUGGUGUGGCUGCAUGGCUCCAGCUGAUCUGACAGGUGCUAAAAUCUAAAAUCUAAGUCAAUGUAUCUUCAGGUGAAAUUAUGAAUGUAUUACUCAAGCAUAGAUAAAUCAACAGAUCAAUGAAUAUCAUCUUUAAUUCUUCAUCAGGCUGUGACAAACAUCUAAUCAGGUUGAAUUACAAACCAGAGCUAGACAGACAUCUGCUCUACAGCUGUGACCUGGUACGCAGCCCAAAGAGGGCGGUAGAUUAAAUGCAUUGGGCUUUUGUUGGACAUGUGUAAUAAGGUAAAAGUUUCUAGAACCAAAUUUUACUUUACAGGGUAUGGGGAUUGUUGUCUGUGCUUUUUUUUUGCAAGCAGGUUUAGGGUGUUUCUUCAUUUAAAUAAACCUAUAUCACAUCAGCAUCCA